AUGAAAUUUUCCAUGGUCGCCACUAUGGUUUUUCUAAGCCAAUUAUUAUUGGUUAGUGGUAGCAUAUCACUCGCUAAGUUUAGUCCAUUUGAUUCCCCGGAUUUCUGUUCCCAGAUUAUCACGCCUACGUGUAAUACAACAUUUUCAUAUAUCGACCGUCUAAACGAACAGAUUCGUCCAUACUUGACCUCAUUGGUGGAGACUCCGUACUUUAGAUAUUUUAAGUUGAAUUUUGAUAAGCAGUGCAAAUUUUGGGAUACCCAGCAUUUCUGUGCUACCGAAAACUGUGCAGUUGAAAUUUUGCCACCUUCUCAAUAUAAUUGGUCAAAUAUAAGCAACGACAACUUGAAGCCUUCAAAAUUAGGACAAAUCAAACGUCCAGAAUCGACCGGAUUGGCUGAUGACUCGGCUAGCGGAGCAGAAACUUGUGAGGAUUUUGAUUACUGCCAUAUUGAUGAUGACCACCAAUGUGUAUAUGUGAAUUUAUUGGAUAACCCGGAAAGGUUCACCGGAUAUGGUGGAAGUCAAUCAUACGAUGUGUGGAAGGCUAUUUAUUCUGAAAACUGUUUCCCAAACACGAAUCCAAUGUCAAUGAAAGAUGUCAAUGCUGAACCGGAACAAUGUGUUGAAAAGAAAUUAUUCUACAGAUUGAUUUCAGGUAUGCAUGCAUCUAUCGCAGUUCAUUUGUCAAACGAGUACUUGUCACCAGGCUCGGGGAAUUUUGAGCCUAACUUGAAAGUUUUCAUGGAAAGGGUUGGUUCUUUCAAUGACAGAUUAUCUAACAUUUACUUUAAUUUUGCCUUGAUCAGUGAAUCAAUUGUAAAAUUAUCAAAUUUCCCCAAAUUACUUGAUACUAUCGAUCAUGGUGAUGACUUUAAUCAACAUUUCUUGUCUAAUUCUGAUCAGAACUACAAGCAAUUGUUAAGUAAUAUAGUUCCUGAAUUGUCAUCUAAUUUGUUGUAUAAUUCUUCUACAUUAUUCAACCCAGAAGUUGUAUCUCCAACUUUAAAGGACGAGUUUCGUGCUCGUUUUAAAAAUGUAUCUGCUAUAAUGGAUUGUGUUGGUUGCGACAGAUGCAGAAUGUGGGGAAAGUUACAGACCAUUGGCUAUGGUACUGCGUUUAAAAUUCUUUUUGAAGGAGACAAUAUUGAUAAAUUAAAGUUCCGAAGAAUCGAGUUAGUUGCAUUAUUUAACACAUUUGACAGAUUGUCUAAAUCUAUCGAAGCAAUCAACAAUUUUAAGCAAAUGUAUUUGGCUCACCUUGAAGAUGUUAAGAAAGGUUUAGUAAAGCCAGGUGAUUAUGAAAAAGCUGAUGCAAAGGAAAAUGGUGGACUUGACUUCCCAUUUUUACUGUCAGUAAAUUUUGGACAAGAUACCGAUAAAUCAACCAAAGAAAAGACUUCUAACAGUGAAGAUUUGAAACCUGCGGGAACUUCUGCCGCCAAAAAACAGCCAAUGACAUUUAAAGAAGAAUUCAAUAAGGCUCUCCUUGAAGUUAUUGAUGCAUUUUUCUUCGUUAUUACUAGUUAUAAGCGUCUUCCCAAGACAAUCUACAACAUUUCAUUAUUUAAGUUGAAUCACUGGUGGAAUAUAUUCAUUGGACGAGAAGAAUACAACCAAUACAUGGAAUAUCAACUACUUCAAAAUAAAGAACAAAAUGAUUACAUAAAUUUGUUCUCAAAUUAG